AUGAGUUGGAACAUAAGGGGUGCAGCAGCAAAGGGUGUCCCUUUACUCUUGAAAGAUGUUGUUCUGCGACAUCAGAUUUUUUGUGUAGCUCUCUUUGAGCCUAAAGUUAAAUCAACUAAGCUUCCUAUCAUCAUGAAGACGCUGAAUUUUGAUGGGUCUUUUGUGGUGGAAGCAGAAGGUUUUUCCGGUGGCAUUUGGGUCAUGUGGUCGAAGCAUUGGGGGGCGAUUCAGGUCCUCUCAUCCCAUCGUCAACUAGUCCAUCUUCGUGUUAAUCCCACAAAUGGUUCACCCAGUUUCUUGGUCUCCUUUACGUAUGGCAGCCCUAAUCUCUCCAUUCGGAACUUCCUCUGGCAAGAGCUGCGACGUAUUGCAGCGAACACUGGUGAGCCUUGGGUAGUCAUGGGAGAUUUUAAUACAUAUCUCAAUGCACCAGAUAAGUGGGGUGGCGACCCUCCUAAUUUGUUAGCUAUGGGAAAGUUUAGAGAUUGUCUUGAUGAUUGCUAUCUCUCGGACCUGGGAUUUAAAGGACCGCCUUUUACAUGGGAAGGUCGGGGGGUCAAGGAGCGUUUGGAAUGGGCUCUUGGGAAUGACCAAUGGCUUCGAUCUUUCCCAGAGGCUUCUAUCUUUCAUCUACCACAACUGAAAUCUGAUCAUAAGCCGCUGCUCUUGCAACUAAGCCCGACAGAUAUUGAUCAUUCUCAACGCCCCUUUCGAUUCGUGGCAGCCUGGUUAACGCAUAGUGAUUUCCCACGGCUAGUUAAACAUUCUUGGCAGACUCAUAAUACUUGGAUUCCCGCUUAUGAAGCCUUCCGGGCAGAUGCAAUGACCUAG